AUGGCUUCUCAAGAAUACUCUAUCGACUCAAGUGCUGUCAUUGCUGCUUUGGCUCCUGGUCUCCUCACAAAAUGUGAGAAAGAGAACGCUGAUUUUUUGCAAUGUAAAUCAAAGAGUGAAAAUCCUGAAGAUUGUUUGAAGGAGAGUAUUAAUUGCCGUAAAUGUGCUUUUGGGCUUGCUACAGAGUAUUUGAAUUCACCAUGCCAACAAAAGUUCUCAUCACUUGUUGAUUGUUUGAGAACCCGUGAAUAUGAUUACAAGGACUGCUACAAGCAAAGAGUUUCGUUCGAAAGUUGUGCUCAUCAUUCAUUGGGAGUGAACUUUCGUCCACCAGUGAAUCCAAAAAUUGAGUAG